AUGGAGUCAAAAAGGGAGUCUGAGGUUGACAUGACGCCGCGGUCCUACGGCACCGUCCUGGUGGUUGGAGGCUGCGGUUUCUUGGGUUCGCGACUCGUGGAUCAAUUGCUCAACUUUCCCUCCGAGGACGCAGAUUCGGAGUACUUUGCAGCCUCGCCCCAGCAGCGCAAGGGGACAAACGGUGUCGCGACCGUCGAUACUUCAAAGACACCCGCCUCUACUUCCAUCCCGACCCCUAAUCCAGAGAAAUACGACAUCAACACCCUCCUUCCCUCUUCCUUCCCAUCCCUACGCAGUCGCUACCCUCCCACAGACCAGGCCUCCACGUCCAUCCACGUGUUGGAUUUGAGAUGUACUCAGCACAUCUUUGCCGGUGCGACCUACCACUCCGCCGACAUCACCGACCCGAAUUCCCUGCUGGAAGUUUUCCAGAAAGUCAAACCCGACGUCGUCAUCAACACCGCGUCUCCGUCGUGGGAGGCCCCUCCGGCCAUUCUCCGAAAAGUGAACAUUGACGGAACAAGGACACUGUUGGAGGUUGCUGGCGGGAAGAGACACGGCGAUUGGGGCGGGUGUGUCAAGGCAUUUGUCCACGUCUCGAGCGCGAGCGUGAUUCACGACGGCGAAUCCGACCUGAUCAACGCCGACGAACGAUACCCCUACGUGUGUCCGAACCCCAAGGAAUACUAUUCCGAGACAAAAGUCCUGGCUGAGAAGAUCGUGCUCGAGGCCAACGCCAACCGGGACUACAGCAAUGGCGGUAAGAUGUUGACCUGCGCAGUCCGUCCGGCGGGCAUCGUCGGGGAAGGUGAUCGUGGGGGAUUUUCGGGGGGCAUUCUCAGGACAGCAUCAGUUGCACCGGACUGGCAACUCCAUAUCCAAUUGGGAGACAAUGCAAAUCUAUUCGACAACACCUAUGUAUACAACGUGUGCUUUGGGCUACUUUGCGCCGCGCAGGUCCUCCUGAAUGGCGGCCGGUUGGGAAAUGGGGGGUCGUCGGAGCAUGAGAGAGUCGACGGCGAAGCCUUCAACUGCACAAACAACCAACCCGCCUUCUUCUGGGACUCGUCGCGCUAUCUCUUUUCGCGGUACGGCCGGACCAUCAACCCGAACCGCAUCGUCGCCUUACCCAUCUCCCUGGCCAGCUUUGUCGGCGGCGCCGCAGAAGUUUUCAACCACCUGACAGGUCGAAAAGGCAAGCUCAACCGCCAGACGGUCAAAUACGCCACAAUCUCGAGGUAUUACUCGUGCGAAAAACUCAUGGAGAGGACCGGCUAUGUACCCGUGGUGGGACUGGACGAGGGGUUUGCGCGGAGUGUGCAUUGGUUCAAGAGGGAUGAGGAGCAGCAGUUGAGGGAGAAGGGGGAGUGGAAGAAAGAGCAAUAG